UAGGGAGGGAGGGGGAGAAUCCAAUCCGGUUUGAGCUAGUUUUUGUUCCAAUGGAACAUUAUCGUCUCGCUUCGCUGUAAUAGACCUUAGUUAGAAUCCUAAACAGUAUUUCCUACUCUAUCUUCGGCUGUAUCUAAAUACAUUUCGCCGCUUUUUCCCGCUCCAAACCACAACAAAUCAACCAUGCCGAAAAGGAGGAUGAAAAAUGAUGAAGCUGAAGCCGGUGAUUCGGCCAGGAGGACGUCGUCAAGACUAAAGGACAGAGCUGCCCCAGCACCCGUUGUAACAGCAGAGCCCAAGCAAAAGAUAAAGAAGGCCCCCGCCAAGCCCAAAAAGGCCAAGGAGGUGGAGAAGCCCAAGCCAGAGGAGGAAGCAGAGGCCCCCGCGGAAAAUGGCGAGGCCAAGGAUGAGGCUCCAUCUACAGACGAGGACAAAAAGAAGGAAGAUGCAGAGUAGCGGUUCGCCGUCACCGGACUUGUUUGACCCAGCGCUCCCUGUUCCUCCUUUUAUUUCUUUUCUUGUACAAUUCAGGGGAAUAUUUUUACCAACUAUUUUCUAAAUACUGUUUUUUUUAGUAGUGUGAUUUGUAGAAACGGGUGGGAAGGGGGGGGAGGGGAGAGACACAAGCUUUUCAGUUGUUGUUUUUUUUAGAUGACGAGAAUACAAGUUUCAAGAUCAACAUCCACAAAUUGGACGCCGUGGGAUGACUUGUACAAAUAAUUUGACACCAUUGGUUUUCUUUGGGUGGGAUGGGAUGGGGGGUUAGUUGUGUGGGGCAAGUUACCGUCUGAAAAACGUAUAUAAUUUCCAGGGUGAGCUUAAUUGUUAACUCGGGAGCGCUUACCUGAGUGGAUAACAUUCCAUUAGAUGCUUUUUUUAAUGGUCAGUAUACUGUAAGUAUCGAGGGCAGUA